CUGGAAAGAGAUGAAUUGACCUCGAAAAUCUGGGGAACACUAGCACCUUGCGGCGAAAUUUUAGAAAAAUGCUCUUGCUCAAUCUCAAGAAACUGUCAACCAACGACCCGAUUCAGGUGGAAUACUUCGUGAUCGUCCGACACACGCGCCGCCACGAUGAAACGCAAAGUCGCCGCCUUAGAGAAGGUAGACGCUGAUCUACCAAACCUUCAGCAUAAGAUCAAAAUUGAUCCGUCUUCGUACCGCGAGGACUUCGUCAGCCAAUACUCGCAAUAUGCCUCCAUGCUCGAGCUCUUUCUACAUUCGCCCACGACUACAGACGACACAGGUCUUGUGCGCCUUCGCGAUCUUGUUGAUUUCAUCUCGCAUGUUGCAGAUUGUUAUCCCAAAUUGACGACGACGUUUGCGUCCGACCUGAUCAAGCUGAUCGAGGGCCACCAUGCUACCCUCGAUAUUGAGCUGCGCGACAAGGUCGUGGGUAGCAUCGUGUUAUUGCGCAAGAAAGGCCUUGUAGAGCCCGAAACUCUUCUUCGUACGCUAUGGCCGCUCCUGAUCGCGACGCCAUCAAAAACCUUGCGCGCACUCCUCUUCACAAAGAUCGUGUCCGAGAUGCGCAAUUCGAAUAAGAAGUCAACGAAUCACAAAUUGAAUCGAGUGAUGCAGACGCUUUGCUUUGAUCUGAUUGCCCAGGAUCCGAAAUCGUCCAAGGGACUAUGGGCUGUGAAGCUGACAAGAGAAUUAUGGAAGAGGCAGGUUUGGACAGACGCAAAAGCGGUGAGCAUCAUGGAGGCUGCAGCGCUGGGUGAAAACGCAAAAGUCGUCACUGGUGGCGUGCGAUUCUUCCUCGGAGCGGAUCAAGAACGAGAAGACGCUGCUGAUGAGGUCAGCGAUGAUGAAGAAGAUGUGGACAUGCGAAAACUUCGACAUGUGGCUGGGAUCAAUAAAAAGACCCCGAAGAGGGAUAAAGAACUCAGAGCUGCUGCGGCCAAGGUCAAGCGGAAAGAGAAGAAGAAGAAUGCUCCUACUGUUCUGAAUUUCAGUGCUCUCCAUCUUUUAAACGACCCUCAGGGGUUCGCAGAAAAGCUAUUCCAACGACAUCUCCAACCUUCACAGCCGAAAGUUCGCCUCAAUCUUGACCAGAAGCUUUUCGUUCUACAGCUCGUCAGUCGAUUGGUCGGUCUGCACAAGCUUACCCUCAUUCCGCUUUACUCCUACUUCCUCAAAUUCCUCACACCGCGCCAACCUUCUGUCACUGGAUUCUUGGCCUCUCUGGCUCAGGCAACGCACAGCUUAGUACCUCCCGACGUUCUCGAACCACUCGUUCAGAAAAUCGCCAAUGAGUUCGUAUCAGAAGCUGCGGCGGCGGAGGUGGCGUCCGCCGGUCUCAACGGAAUUCGUGAGGUGUGCAUGCGGCAACCCUUGACCAUGACCGAGACACUAUUGCAGGAUUUGGUCAUGUAUCGUAAAAGCAAGGAUAAAGGAGUACAGAUGGCAGCUCGUGGGCUUUUAUCGCUCUACCGGGACGUUGGAGCUCAAAUGUUGAAGAAGAAGGAUCGAGGUCGGGAUGCAGCGCUUGGUCUACGAGCUGGAGAGAGGCAGGGCCCUAGAUUCGGGGAGGUCGAUGGAGGUGGGAUCGAGGGACUUGAGCUUUUGGAGCAAUGGCGAGAAGAGCAAGGAAUUGGUAGCGACGAAGAUGAGCAAGCAUGGAAGGACUGGGAGGCACAGAGCGACGACAGUGAGAGCAGUGGUGGUUGGGUCAACGUGGAGAGCGAUGGUGAAGAAAUCGACAUUUCCGACUCCGAGGAUGAAAAGCCGAAGAAGGCACCGAAAGCGGACGGGCUCGCCCAAAAGGAUUCCGACAAAGAGAACAAGACCGUUCGAUUUGCAAUCGACGACGACCAAGCACCUGGUGCUGUUAAUCGAAACACUGAACCUGCUGAACCCGAGAUUGCACUCAAGCGGGAAGAAGCCCGAAUCUCAAAUCUGGCUACCACUCGUAUCCUCACGCCAGCCGAUCUGUCGAAAUUGCAGGAGCUGCGCACACAAGCCGCCAUCACAGCGAACAUGCCUUCUGCGAAACGGCGCAAGUUGCAACAGCAGGCCGCAAUCGCUCGUCAUGUCGAUGACGAAGUCACAGCAGAUCACAUUGAGGGUCUUGCAAAGCUCGGACUGAAAGCCACCAAGGAGGAAAAGAUCCGCAUGGCCAAGGGCGAUCCGGACGAGAAGAACGAUCACCGCUCCACCACUGCCAGACGUGUAGAGAAGAAGGCAUCAGAAGGAAAGAGUACGACCAAUAAGGAGAAGGCUCGCAAGAAGAACUUCUUGAUGACGCUCGGCAAGGCAAAGCAUAAGGGCAAGAGGAGUUUGGUUGAACAUCGCAAAAUCCUCAAGGCGCAUGUCGAUAGAAGUCGUAAGGGUGGCAGAAGAGGAAACAAGUAGCUUGUCGUCAUCGCAUCGAAAAAAUUACGAUACAAUCAUAGACAUCCUGUGUAUCUGAACAUCAUCUGCAUAGCCGAACAGCCAUUUUCGUUUCCGAAAGUCAUUACUGUGGGGUUUAGUUAGAAGGUCUACCACGGACACUUCACCGAGGUUUCGGCAGAUUCAGACACUGCAUUCCUCAGCAGUAUGCGUGAAGUUGUAUUAAUAAGUGAGUG